AGGGAGCGUCGUAGUUUGUUCUUUUCGAUUUGAGGCGAUAGACUGACACUGGUUGCUAGAAUGUCCCGAUCGAUUGGUUUGGUAUUGUUGGGAUUGGUCGUGAUGACGUUUGCGGCACCUCAGCAAGGAGCAAACUAUCCCGAGGGAUCGCCGGCAGCCGCCAAGGAACGCGAUCGGUAUGAGGUCGUGGGUCAGGAAGGUGGUCAAGCUGUGGUACGAAACAAUGGAAGAAAUCUGACCAAGGAUGGCGAUGAGGAAACACUGGAAGAGUUGCAGGCUAAGUCGGCGCAGUAUUCCUACGACUCAUCGAUCAAGGACUCGAUCAGCGAUCAGAGCAUAACUCGGCAGGAGUCCCGAGAAGGUCUGGCCUUGAAGGGAAUGUACGCGUAUAGUGAUGGGUUCUACAAGCGGGAAGUUCAUUACGUUGCCGACGAGAAGGGUUACCGGGUGGUGAAGGAGUUGUCGAUCCCGAUCGGUGAUGGACCCAAGGUAGAUCCCAAUGGAAAGGCUGAUGUUUCGUCUUCUCUUUCCGGUUCCUACUCGAUCACUGCGGAUGACAUCGCGCGACCAAUCAGGAAAAGUUCUCGGAAAGUUUAGUGUUCAGGCUGCUGAUGCUAUUUAAUUUUAUUUAUUUUUUUCGUUAUAAUUUUGUCAAUAAAACUUUUUAAGAACGAGUACA